AUGGAUAUGCUAACGGUUCAAUACAAACUUUUAGCUAAUUCAGCAAGACUUGCUUUUACACCUUCGAAAUAUCGAUACUCAGCGCUACAUUCAACUCCGCGCUCCUUUCCGAAUCAACCUCGAUACACUUACCAACCUGACGAUGAUGACGAUUGGCUUCCCUCACCUCGACCUUCCGUACCUCGAUUUUCUUCACCUCGUUUCCAACAAGCUCAACAAGCUCAACAAGCUCAACAAGCUCAACAACCUCAAUACGAUUACGACUACGAAACAGAAGAGCAGAUUGGCUACGCAGAGCAAAUCGAAGAGUUACGAGAGGAAUUCGAAGACAAUUCCGAAGAUCAGAACGAGGACGAAGAAGACUACGAAGAAGACUACGAAAGCGACUACGACGAUGGAUACGAUGAUGGAGAAUGGUGA